GCCACAUACUUUUAGUAACUUACUGUACAUACAUACUCCUAUAUGAAAUGAAAACUAUACUGUAGUUAUAAGUAGAAGACUUUUUAUUUGUAAAAGAAAAACACGAGUUCUUCAUAAUACAUUCAUGAGUUGUAGCUCAGAAUAUCGCUGUUAUCGUUUUGGUUUGGGUUUUAAACUUAUCUAAUUCAUUAUUGUUAGAGAUUCGUACCUGCGGUGCUUUAACGCAGAAUGCCUACGCCAGAAAAACCACCAUCGCCGAUUCCUAUUACUCAAGAACAAUCGAUAUUCUCGGCGAACGAAUCACAAGUACAGCAUGAUGUGAACGUCGGUAAAUCCAAUCAGGAAGUGGAACAAGCUCAUGGAUCUGCCAUGCAUUUUCAGCUGUCUUUCUCUCCACACAAGCUUUCUCCAAACUCGGUGAAGGCACAGCAGAUAUAUUGCAGGUUGAGCUGUUCUUCCUCGGCGAGCACUCCUCUACACUUAACACCUGCGAUGCCUGAGCUGCCAGUAUUAUGUGCUUCCUCUCCAGUCUGUUCACCCCCAGCUGCCCCCUCAAUCCCCAUGAUGCAGAUCUUCUUCCCUCCUAAUUUUCCGGUGAGUCCUCUCCUGCCCCCAUCGCCGACUUGCGACUAUUCGGCGAACAGCUUCUUAGACUCUCAUCAAACUAACAGCUUUCUCAAUCACCGAUUGACGGAAAGUCUCAUCAAUAUUAUCUCACAGAACAACAUUUUUAACGAUUCUUAGAUUUUGUUACGAUUUCUUUUUAAUGAUUUUAGCUACUAUACCCUGUUUGAUUUUAUUUAUUAAUGAUCUUAGUUCUUUCCUGUUGUGUUUGUAUAUCAACAAUGUUAUUUUUUAAAUGAUCUUUUACUAUUGUCUGUUAUAUGAUCCUUCGUUGAGCAAUGAGUAACUAACCUAAUUUCACAGACACUACUCAUUAUGAUCGAGGUGCCUUAAUGUUAUUUCGAUAUACAUUGUUAUUAUUCUUUUGAUGUAAUUAAUAAUUUUACGAUAUUUUGAUGUUUGUUCACAUUUUAAAUUAACUUGUUAAUGUCAGUUGCUGCAAAAAAAUAUAUUUAUAGAUAACCUUAGUAAUUAUAUCUUUAUUAUGAUAUUCCUCUAUCCUGUAUCAGUCUUGGUGUACACCUAGGGCACUACUGACGUACGCCGAUCAACAAAAAUGACGUCUACUGUCACACCC